AUGAAGAAGUACCCAGCGUUGAAAACAACCAAAUCACUGGUAAAGAAUGGCGAUCACUGGUACUCCUCCGCACAUCAAUCACUUACCCCCAAAAUUGUACACUCACCCGGGACCGAGUCACAGUCUAUAUCAGACGCUGAAGAAUUGAAGGAGAAGGACCAGUAUGCCAAUUAUGGCAAAGACUCCGAUUUCUUCAGCGGGGCCCUAUCCGAUCUAUAG